GUACCAACUCCGCCUGAAUCUCAAACAAAUCGAGUUCGAUUAUAUGACUAUUGUAUUCACUAUAGCUAAUUAAACAAAAAUUAUCCUUCCGGUGUAAAUUCCAAACAAUUGCACAUGGAAUCUGAAUAUUGUAAAGAGAAGGGAGGUAUAUUCGAGUGGGCUAGCUUUAUAAAUAGUCACACCAAGUAAUAUCCCAAGUCUUAAAAAUAGGCACUUCCUUCUUAUAAGUCUACAUACACUUCCUCCCUUUGCUUCACUAUCUAUCCACUUUCAUUUCAACUUGAGCAAGCAAUAGCUAUAACAAGAGAGCCACCUAGAAAAAAAGAAAGAAAAAAAAAGGAUAUUAUGUCAAACAGCAUGACUCACCAGGUUGAUGAUAAAAUGGUAGUGAUCUCUCAGUACUAUCCUGAUAUUAACACCCAACUCUUAUCCCAACAAGGCGAGGAGAAACCGCGCCAGAGACGAAAAAAGAACAAAGGUGAAGGGAGCAGCAAUGCUAAUAAUGGAGUAUUGAGGAAGAGGAAGCUUAGUGAAGAACAAGUUAAUCUUCUUGAACGGAGCUUUGUGGACGAGCCCAAACUGGAGACUGAGAGAAAAGAUAGGCUUGCUUCUGAGCUUGGCCUUGAUCGUCAACAAGUUUCUGUUUGGUUCCAGAAUAGGAGGGCUAGAUGCAAGAACAAGAAACUGGAAGAGGAAUAUUCCAAGUUGAAGUCUAAAAAUGACAGUGCGAUCGUUGAAAAUUUUCGACUUGAAACUGAGGUGUUGAAGAUGAAGGAGCAGUUAUCUGAAGCAGAAAAGGAGAUACAAAGGCUAUUAUUGGAGCGUAAUUGCAAUAAUAGCCCAAUUAGUACUUCAUCAUUCUCAAUGGAGCAACCACCUUUUAAUCUUGGGGAGUUUGGAAUGGCGGGAGGAUUAAUGGAUAAUGUGUUCUUUGCUGCCGAUGAUCAUACCACUUAUAUAACUCUCUGGGAUUAUUAGAAUGGACUUAUUAUAUAACUUAUAUAUAUAUAUAAUCUGAUCUGUGAUUAAGUUCUAAUUAGAUAAGCUCCCUCAUGUAGAAUUGUACAUAUAUUUAGUAACCCACGCACCUAAUGUAUAUGUGCAUCUUUCUUUUGCCUUUGCUUUCGGGUUAUUACUAUUGUAUAGUAAUGUAUAAUUAUGUUUUCGCAA